CACAGCACCACCUCCUUGCCUUAGCUACAGCAUCUGCCCGCACUGCCGGGCGAACAGCCCGCGGGUCGUCCAUUUUAUCCCACAGCAACGCCCAAACAACAACCCGGCGCCGUUUUUUUUUCUCUUUUUCAACUUUGCCUGCCUACUCUACUAAAGACACCUUGCUCCCUCUCUCCAACGAUAGAGACGGAGACUCUUACGAACCUACCUAGUCGCGUGUUAGUGGCAGCAGCAAGCAGGUCGCGCCCAGUCGUUUCUUUUCAGCGGCCCGGUCAUUCCUCGAAGUAUAAGCAGAAGCAGUGCGGCGCAGACACAGACACAGACACCGCUUAGCAUGGCCGCCGCGCAGAAGACGUUCAAGCUGAACACGGGGCAGGACAUUCCCGCGCUGGGAUUCGGAACCUGGCAAGCAGAGCCCGGCAAGGUCGAGACGGCGGUGGCGUACGCGCUCAAGGCGGGGUACCGGCUCGUCGACGGGGCGUACUGCUACGGCAACGAGGACGAGGUGGGCGCGGGCUUGGCCGAGGCGUUCGCGUCGGGCGCGCUGCGGCGCGAGGACGUCUUCGUCGUGUCAAAGGUCUGGGCCACGUACAACACGCGCGUCGAGCUCGGGCUGGACAAGAGCCUCAAGAGCCUCGGGCUGGACUAUGUGGAUCUGUUUCUUGUGCACUGGCCCCUUUUGCUGAAUCCCAACGGAAACGACGACAAGUUCCCCAAGCUGCCCAACGGCGAGCGCGACAUCAUCCGCUCGCACAACCACGUCGACACGUGGAAGCAGAUGGAGAAGCUGCCGGCGACGGGCAAGACGCGCGCCAUCGGCGUGUCCAACUACAGCAAGCGCUACCUCGAGCAGCUGCUGCCGCACGCGACCAUCGUGCCGGCAGUCAACCAGAUCGAGAACCACCCGCAGCUGCCGCAGCAGGAGAUUGUCGACCUAUGCCGCGAGAAGGGCAUCCACAUCAUGGCGUACAGCCCGCUGGGCAGCACGGGCGGGCCGCUGAUGACGGCGGAGCCGGUGCUGGCCGUCGCGAAGAAGCAUGGCGUGAAGCCUGCGGCUGUGCUGCUGAGCUACCACAUCCCCCGCGGCAGCACGGUGCUAGCUAAGUCGGUCACGCCCGAGCGCAUCAAGGAGAACCUGGCGCUAGUCGACCUCGACGCCGACGAUGUGCGGGCGCUCGACGCGUACUCGGACGGGCUGGCGCGCGAGCGCAAGCUGCGGCGCUACGUAUACCCGCCGUUUGGCGUCGAGUUUGGGUUCCCCGACAAGUCGAAUCUGUAGAUACCUAGGUAGUUGGCUGAUGGGUUCGCUGAGUAGGUGUGUGUGUUUGUUGUGUUGUUGAAGGGAUGUGGAUGGGGGUGGGGGUGUAUAUAUUCCAAUGUUUAGGAGCAGAGAGUUUGCCUAGGUUCCUUGGUGUAUCUACCUUGGGAUAUCUCCCUAGUUCUGCAUUCUGCGUCACUAGACAGACAGAAAGACAUGGUUUCGAUAGAGUUGAAUAGCCUUGAAGCUUUGUGUGCAUACGGGGGCACUUGGCGAGACGGAAGCUUCUAUCUUCUCUUUCUUGAAGCCUAGACGAGGAUAAGCCUAGACCGAAGCGGCCUUGCCUGGAGAGGGAGACUACAUAUCGCUCUCUCUCGUCCCUAUUUCAAGACUAGGAUUGUGUUGACAUCAAUCACCUAAGGGGUUCUGCCGAAUGACGUAAGGAAGCUAAAACAUCCAAGAACCCCCCCUUAAACAAGCCCGCU